UCUAUGCCACGCGCUGCGCGCGCGGCCGCGCCGGCUCAGAUAUGCUCGUACUUCCCGUGCAAUUGACAGAGGCAUCAUGUCGAUGUCUCGGAAGAAAAUAACGUCAGAAAUCGAUAAAUUAGAGGACAUUUGUUUUCAAGAUGAGGUGGAAAUUUUGUGCAAUUUCUUGAGAUGGGAUUCAUUUCCAAAAAGGAGUACAGAAAAUUUCAAGCAGAUGCUCGAGAAAAGGGCUCGAAACUUCUUUGUGGAGGAUUACAUUCCGGCUGCAGACGAUGUGGAUGCGAGUCAUGUACUUCCGUGGCGGUUGUUCUACGUUGGCAGCCCAGGGGGUUCAGGGGAUGAGAGAAUUGAAGACCCGUUGAAGUUUGAGCUGUCGGGAGGUCAGAAUGAAGGCGUCAAGCGGCCGCAGAUUGUUAUUCCUCAUCCCCGCCAGCAGCGAAAUAUUCUGAGCAAAGUGCAUGAAGGAAAAGAAGGAGUCCGUCUUCAUGGUCGGGAGAUGUGGGAGAAGAUAUUUUCCAUGUACUACUGGAGGGAUAUGCGGACCAGUGUCUGUGAUUUCAUGAAGAGUUGUAAGGACUGCAGACUUCAGGACCUUGGUGCAUGUUCUGGCCUCGGAAUUAGUGCUGGAAUUGGACUUCAGACUUCAGAAAGCAGUCACGAGAGUAACAUUAAGGAGCAUGCAGGGGCUAAUAAUAUUAACCAAGGAGGUGACAACGAUGAUUACGAUGAUGAUGAUGAAGGUGACAGGGACAAGGAUGAUGAAGCAUUGGAGAGCUCCAAAUCCACUAAUGAGCUUCCAUACCACGAAGAGGUUGAUCAGGUUUACAACUACUUGAAGCUAGGCAAAUACCCACCGAACAGUAAUGUAAACCAAAAGCGUGGAAUACGGCGCAAGGCCAAGCAGUAUAUGUUAGGGGAGGAUGAUGGUGAUGUAGAAAAUGGAGAACCUUCCAAGAAGCUCUAUCACUUCAGGGCUCCAAAUACAGAUAUCGAGGCAGGGUUGGAAUCCCAAAGUGUCUACAUGCGACUUGUUGUUGCAAGAACUGAAGAGCAACAAAAGAUUCUCCAAGUUGCACAUAUUGGACCAUCAGGUCAGCACUUUGGCCGUGAUAAAAUGAGGGAAUCGAUAUCCCUUCUGUACUUUUGGAAGGGCCUCCAUGAGAGCAUCAGGAAGUUCUUGCUGAGCUGCAGUAAAUGCCAAAUGAAGCAUGUUGGAGCUAAGAAUAUGUCGUUAGAUAGCCCGUCAAUACACUCUGAAGCCAAGAGGAAAUCGCUUGACCACCCAAUAACCCGCUCUGAAGCUAAAAAGAAAUUGUUGGACCUCCAAACAACAUAUUCUGAGGCUAAGAAGUCCUUGGACCACUCAACAACAUCUAAAGCCAAGAAGAAGUCAAACCACCCCAUCAUCAAACUAGAUUUUAAGAAAGCUAAAAAGAAAGCUCCGAAAGAGGAUGGUCUUGUUUCUGCUCCAGCGAUGGUAAAACAAUCAUCACCCCCAGAUAUAACCAAGCUUCCCAAAGGCCUGUCACACCUAGCAGAACUCGAUGCAGAAAUGGAGGCACUCAUUUUGUACCUGUAUCUAAAGCAGCGUGAGUAUCCACCACACUGCACUACUGGAUUCAAGCGGAUAUUGCGAAAGAAGGCAAUGACAUUCCGUCUUCAUGAGAACGAAGGGGAUGGAGGGGAUAAAUGGUUCUUGUUCUAUAAAGGAGAUAUUCAGAGGAUCACAAGGGAUAUAGGACAGACCAUUGAAGCAGAGGAGGAUGCAGGAGCUGCCAUGAACCCACAGUGUGCAGAGAGUACACAUAUGAAGAGAACUGAUGGCAGCAAUAAUCCUGUAGAUUCUCAAGGAUCAACAGAGCCUGAUGAAACUGAUUCACAUACUCCGUUGUCCAAACAGCCAGUGGUGAUCAAAAAUGAAAGUUCAUUUGAUGAUAAGACUGGGAAUAGGCUCUAUGUGUACAGGAAAUCAGACAAGGAAAAAAUCAUUCAACACAUUCAUCUAAAAGGAGGAAACAAUGGGAAGCAUGCUUCUACUCAGAGGAUAUGCUCUAUUAUUGCUCGUCAUUUCUACUGGCGUGGAAUAAAGGAUGACGUCGUGGAAAUCAGCAGGAAGUGUAGUAAAUGCCGGAGGAACAGUAGUGCUGCCUUGGUCAUAGGCAAAUAUGUCCAGGAGAAUUCUGCAGAGGAUCUCUUAGAAGAGGACCUGUCAUCACACCAACUGCCGCAGUACACGCAAACCUACCUUGAUCAGGCAAUGAGAAUGGAGACUCACUGUGAGGUUGAGGAAGCUUGUGGAGACCCUGAACAAGUGGGGAAACCAUGCAACCUAAAUGAGAUCUUCGAUAGGCGCAUUUCACAAAGAGGAGACCGCCUGGCACUGAACAGAUUCCCAAUUAAACCACAAAAGGUAAAUGUUGAAAUAAAGCCUCGUACAGCAAAAAAGGAAAUGCUGCCAAUACCAUCAGAGUUCACCGGGCUACCCAAAGGCCUAUCGCACAUCAGAGGACUUGAUACAGAACUGGAGGGACUUAUCAUCUACCUGUAUCUUAAGUGGCAUGAGUACCCCCCAGGAUGCACUGAGACGUUCAAACGGAUGGUACGAAAAAAGGCAAAGAUUUUCUCUGUGUACGAAUAUAAAGGACUCGAGGGUCAGAACUGGUGCUUGUUCUAUAAGGGAGAAGGUAAAGGGAAGAGGAGUUUGCCAAUGUAUCCAGAUCAGGACGUAGAAGGAAAGGAGCAAACAGAAGAUAUGCAGAUGGAAGGAGCUGAUAGCAUCGAAGGAUUUGUGGAGACUAGAGAACCUGCAGGGACAGAAGAGACGGAAGAACUAGGCGACAUUGUCCAGGUUCCAGAGACUGUAGGAAGACUGGUGACUGUGGAGUCAGAUACUUUGUUGCCCAAAGUGCCUGUGGUGAUCGGAAAUGACAUGCCAAUAUCUCACAGUACACAGAGAAUCUAUGUAUUCAGAAGAGCAGACAAGGAUAUAAUCCUGAAAUAUAUGCAUUUGAAAGGAGGAAUGAAUGGAAAGCAUGCCCCACGUGAUAGAAUCACAGACAUGGUCAUCCCUUAUUUUUACUGGCGUGGACUUCGGGAAGAUAUCUUGGACGUCAUCAUGAAUUGUAAACAAUGUCAGAUGAAGAGAAAAGCAUCCAGGGGAGAAUUGGAUGAUGUCUAUUGUCAAGACUAUGACAAUAAAUCACCUGAGGAGGAUCUGUCAUCACAUCAGCUACCAUGGUACAUGCAAACCUAUCUAGGGAAUGCAAUGGAAAUACAUGGAUGGUUGGAAACAGAUGAUCUACCAAUGAAAGGGAACAUUGUAAACUCUAAUGAGCCUUACAGCAAAGAGGAUCUUCAAACGGUGCACACUCUUACACAGGACAGGCCAACAACUGGAUAUUUUUCAACUCUCCGCCAUAAGUGUGACUCUUGCCCUAGGGCUUUCAGGGAUUCGGAUAGCUUACGUCGCCACAAGAGGGCCAAUCACCAGAAGAAAUCAUUCAAGGAUUGCCCUGUUUGUGGAAGGAAGACCACAGAACUGCUUGUUCACAUGCGUACUCAUACCAAAGAGAAACCUUUGGAGUGUGAUAUAUGCAAUCAACGCUUCUCAUAUAGGUCAGGCCUCAGUCUCCACAAGAAAAAGCACUUUGGCGUCAAACCUUUCAGGUGCUCUGAUUGCCCGAUGCAGUUCUUCUGUCGUAGUUCUUUGAAGGCCCACUUCAGGUCUUCCCAUGAAGGAAGAGGAGAGUAUCAGUGUGACAUUUGUGAAAAGGUCUUUGUUACUCAGUUUAGGUUAGACAAACAUCAAAGGACUCAUUCCAAGUAUAGGUUUGUCUGUGAACAAUGCGGAAAGGUCCUCUCUAGUGCUUUCACCCUAAAGUACCAUAGACUCAUCCAUACAGGGGAGAAUCGUAUCUUGUGUGAGAUUUGCGGGAAAGGCUUCAAAAAGAAAUGUGACCUUAAGAAACACAUAGAGCAUCACCUUGGUAUCAAGAACCACCAGUGCCACCUAUGCCAGCAACGCUUCUGUCAUAAAGGGGAUCUACAAGAUCAUCUAAGGGUUCACCAGGGUGCAUCCAGCUACGAGUGUGACAUUUGCCUAAAGAAAUUCAAGAACAAGCGGAGCCUUGCAAGGUGCAAGAGGAAACAUGGUCUGCAAGCAGCACCUGCUGCAGUGUUUCAGUGCAAUACUUGCGAAGAUGUGCUUGGGACGCUUGAAGAUUUCAAGCAGCAUACUGCAGCUCAUCAUUUACUUGAAGGAGCGCAAAUUGUACAGCAUGAAGUGGAAAUUCAAUAGUGGAGAUACCAUUUCAAUUAUUUACUUACAUUGCUGAAAAAGAACUUUUAGACAUUUCUUAUUUUUCAUUGACCACCUACAUUAUAAAAGAGUAGUUUUAAAGUCCCUUUAUCGUUCAUACGUUAACUAAAGAACUGUUUUAUGGGUCAAUUAAAACUUGGCUCAUAUGCACAAAGGAAUAACAAUGAUCCGAUUAGUUUCAUGGCCAAGGUCCCAGUGGUAAUUAAAACAAUAUAUGCAUGUAUAUGGAAACUAACCUUUACUUACCUUGACUAUUUUGAAACUUCAAGUCCAAAGGAUGGGGGGGGGGGGCUUUUAGGGCUAUAGGACCUCCUAAUAUCUUGGCCGCAGAUCACAUGAUUGUGACAACAAUUUGCACAAAGGUAGAAAAUGGCAUAAUCUACUUUUCAUAUAUUUUUUUAUAUGAAUUAAAUAUGCUAUAUAAAUGUAUUCAUGAAAUCAAACUUUUUGCUCUUAUUCACGAAAUAAAGCUCCUCAAAAUAUAAUUUUUUGGUGAAAAGGUUCUUGAUAGCAUUCCUAAAAAAGGUAAAGAGGAAAGCACUUCUGGUACCAAAAUCUAUUUUAUUGUUAAAUUUCAUGUGUAUUUCUUUGUGUUGUAUCUUUGCUUUUAUUUUAUUUUCUUUUUUAUCAUCAGGUACAUUAUGUAAGUCAUGGAUAGCAUCAAAUUAGAUGACCUUUGUCAAUAAAAGUGAGAAAAAUCACUCAUUCAUGAAUUUUGGAUGAAACAGAUGUUGUACUGACUAUGUACAGGUCUGUACAUGAUAAAUUCAGAGCAGUUUUGGACUGACAUGCACUAACAUAAUGUUGCUUACUUUCGUAACUGUCUGCCCAGGUGCCACAAAUUUGGUCUCAAAAGUUGAGCGAGAAUUAAGAGUAAAAAAGUUUGCGAACAGCGUGGUCAACAAAUUUUGCGCAGCAGAUAUAUCACAAAAAGUUUUAAGAGUAGUGGGGGCUGAAAAGCCCCUUCCUUCCCCUCCCCUCGGUGAA